AAACCUAGGUGGGUAGGUAGCUACUCUACCUGCUGGGCUUCCCUUGUUUCUCCGCUUUUCGUCUUCCGUCUCUCAUCACCUUAUCCUCCAGGCUCAGCGCAUGGAUGUGCGAAUUUUCUUCGCCCAGAGAUUGGGCUCAAUCCCGCCCACUUGAGAAUUCUUCUUGCCAAUCUUUCUCUGCACUUUUCUGUUCUCGUUCACUCAUUAGGCUGGGAGCUGCCAGUGAAUGCACCACAGCACAUGCUCUGGCCGAGCCCUCUACUUCUCCAUCCUUUUCAUUGAGCCUAAGAAAUCAUGGCGGGCGCAAUGAGUGGGAACUACCAGCACCUUCUGCUGAAGGGUGCAGACAAUGGGCGCCUCCAGGUUCAGCAGCAGAGAGCAGCCGCCGGCCCUGCUCCUGUAACCCGAACUCCCAAUCCGAGGCAAAUCGAGCGACCUCUCUCCAGUCGAGGACCCGGACCAGCAGCCGGACGAUCCAGGCCCUUCCCCAGCAGCCCCAUGCUCUCAACCACCAUUCGGGGACGGCGCCCGCGGCCGCCCCAGCCAACAGCGACAGCGACGCUCCCUCCAGCAUGGGCCUCUAGAGAGAGCACCACCAUGAUCAUCAAACCCAUACCCACAACCGCGAGCCCGUGGGAUAUCCGAGAGUUCUUCCAGAGAUUCGGGAACGUGGUGUGGGUUGAACUCGACGACGCAUCAAGAAACACCCACCGGUCUGCCAAGAUUCGCUUUGCGCCUCCGCCGACUGAUGUGACCUUCUUCGAGGAAGGUAAAUGCAGACUCAACACCAACAGAUCCGUAUCAUGGGUUCUUGUUGAGUUCCCCAAGCAGUCCCGUGGGGAGCCUACUCUGACGACGCCGGUUGGGAACUCCUGCCCUGCUUCAAUGGCUUUCAAUCCCGAUAAACUUACUUUCGGUCUUCUCACCCAACCGACGACCUUUAUGCCGAAGAAGGAAAUCCUAAAAUUGAAUCGUGAUCUCGAACUGAAGUUCACCGCCGAUUUCCGAAGGAAGAAGCUAACGGUUCACUUCCCUAUUUUCGCUCACGGCGAGCGGCAGUACUACCGCAUCGAAAUGAAGUUUGGCAUCAUCAGAAGCAUUCAUCGGGUGGCCUCAGCCCUUGUCAUUUGUCUCGAAGACCCCCCCUCAGCCCGAAAGAAGCAAGUCGGCGUGGAUGGGGCGGUCUGGGCGGAUCGCUUGGUUUGGGGAGAGGAUGAGCUCUGGUAUCGGGCUGUCGACAUCAGGGCCGACUCACAGAAUCCCCCGGCCGGGCCAGUGUCUCUUGACGAGGAGCCCGAGAUCAUUGACUUCGGCCGUUGGACAACCUACUGGAUGGACCUAGACAACGAUUCCGCCCAGGAGCAAUGGUUGGCCAUCGAGGGUCAUCUCCGCGACUGGAACAUCGCCAUAAAAACAGACACCAUCUUCACACAGGCCCUAGCUGCAAAGCCAGAGCUCUGGGACAUGCUAGCUGAUCCGGAUUCCGAUGUAUCAACAAAUGCCGGUCCCGCCUGGAACAACGGCCUCGCUCUUCUCACGGCCAUGGCACACGUCCAUCUGCCAUAUGAGGUCCGAUACCAACUGGAGGUGUGUAUCUCGCGCGGAAUCCUUAGCGAGUACAAUAUAGGGCGCGAAUUCCUUGAGAGGCUCGUCGAGAUAUCGGCGUCGAGUGGUUCGAAACCGGACCGCGCGCGCUUGGUCCUCGAGUACGCUGCAGAUGAAGGCAAGCCGGUUUACAAUCCCAUGGACUUGUUUGAGGACCGUGUCGCCAUGUCGUAUUAUCCGACUACUCUCCAUAUCCCGGAUUACUGCGCCCUCGUCCGCAAGGUGACCGUCACACCGACCCGAAUCUUUUUCAGCACGCCAACAGUGGAGACGACUAACCGGGUCGUCCGCCGUUAUAAAGGUAUCCGGGGCCACUUUAUCCGCGUUCAAUUCACGGACGAGUUAUUGGACGGGAGGAUCAGGGCCUGUGAGGUUGACCGAGAUGAUGAACUCUAUGCUCGCGUCUGCCGGGUCAUGACACAAGGCAUACGUAUGGGCAAGUGGCACUGGAAGUUUCUUGCCUUUGGGAACUCGCAAAUCAGGGAGAGCGGCGCCUUUUUCUUUUGCGAGCCGGAAGAUGGUAGCAUCACCUGCAGCUCGAUACGGCAAUGGAUGGGAAACUUCGACCACAUUUCUUCCGUCGCCAAACUCGCUGCUCGCCUGGGGCAGUGCUUCUCGACCACUCGUCUCUUACACUGCAUCUCAGCUCCGCGAAUAGUCAAGAUUCCCGAUAUCGAGACAGAUGAUGGCUUCUGCUUCACCGAUGGGGUCGGAAAAAUCUCUUUCCCUCUGGCCAGUCUCGUGUCUGAGGAUUGGAAGAUCGACACUCCUCCCUCAGCAUUUCAGUUCCGGAUGGGUGGCUGCAAGGGCGUCUUAGUGACUUGGCCGGACGCCAAAGGAACCGAGGUUCACGUCCGACCGUCGCAAGAGAAGUUCUCUGCCGAAUACAACGGCUUGGAGAUCAUUCGGUGUUCUCAUUUCUCCUGCCCGACCCUGAAUCGACAAACAAUCCUGGUCCUUUCGUGCUUGGGGGUUCCCGACUACGUCUUUAUCGACAUGAUGGCUACGCAGAUUGCAAGUUACGACGCUGCUAUGACGAACGAAAACAAGGCCAUUGAGUUACUCAGCAAGUAUGUGGACGAGAAUAUGACGACGACAACCAUCGCCACAAUGGUCUUGAGCGGAUUCAUGCACACGCGCGAGCCCUUUGUCCGGACCCUUCUCCAGCUCUGGCGCUCCUGGUCGAUCAAAGGCCUCAAAGAGAAAGCGAGGCUUAUCGUGGACCAAGGCGCCUUUCUGCUCGGCUGCGCCGACGAGACGGGGACUCUGAGGGGUCAUUCGCAGGCAACCGAGGGCCGGAAUAAUCUCACUCAGGAUCAGCUGCCCCAGAUCUUCCUCCAAGUGCCUGAUCCAGAUGAGCGAAAUGCGUACAAGGUCGUCACGGGCAUUUGCAUCGUCGGGCGCAACCCAUCCCUCCACCCCGGCGAUAUCCGCGUGGUAGAGGCCGUGGACGUACCCAAAUUACGGCACCUUCGGGACGUCGUGGUCUUUCCGCUGAAAGGGGAUAGGGAUGUGCCAAGCAUGUGUUCCGGCGGCGACCUAGACGGGGACGACUUCUUCGUGAUUUGGGACCCCAAACUCAUCCCGACGGAGUGGAGCCAUCCUCCCAUGAACUAUAGCGCGCCAGAGCCGCUGACCGAAUCGCGGACGUCAAUUGCUAAGAGCCUAGCUUUCUUUUUCGUUCUGUUCAUGAAGAAUGACAGGUUGCCCCUGAUCGCGCAUGCCCACCUCGCCACGGCUGACUACGAAGCUAUGGGCGCAAAGCACUGGAAAUGUCUUCAGCUUGCUGAACUACACUCGACGGCGGUCGACUACGUCAAGACGGGAACUCCUGCCCGAUGGAACAAGAAGCUUGACCCUCGCAGGUAUCCCCAUUUUAUGGAGAAGCCCAGAGCAAAGUCCUAUAAAUCGACCAGCGUUCUGGGGAAGCUCUACGACAUGGUCGACAAGGACGUCUUUGACAACAGAGAGAACUACACUCUGCCGUUUGACGACCGCAUCCUCAAGCGGUUUGAGGUGAACCAUGCUCUGCUCAAGGAGGCCAGAAAGAUCAAAACCCAGUAUGACAUCGCCAUGCGCAGAAUCAUGGGUCAGCUUGAGAUUAGGACUGAAUUCGAGGUCUGGGCGACGUUCGUCAUGACCAAACCGCGGGUUGGGUCCGACUACAAGAUCCAGGAGAAGGUCGGUCGCGAGGCAGCCGGUCACAAGAAACAGUUUCGCGACCUGUGCCUCAAAGUCGUGGAGGAGCAUGGCUUCAUCAAACUGGAAUUCAUUGCUGCCAUGUACAAGGUUACGUGGGAGGAAACGCGCAUCGCGCUACACGAGGCCCGCCAGCCCCAUGUGCUCCCGGAUGGGACGGUGGGCUUGCGGCGGGUCACCGCGCGCUCGAUGCCGCUGAUCAGCUUCCCAUGGCUGUUCCCGGACGACUUGGGCAAGAUUGCUCUCGGCACCGAGAGGCUUCCCAACCUGGCGGACCUCGGUAUCGUUCCGCCAUCUGUGAACCCGAUGCCCAAUGGACCCAAGGUAACGAAACCGGAAACGGGCUUCGAUCUCGCGGAGAUGGGCUAUACCAAGACAAGCGACGGCCAAUUUAUCCACCGCGGGGAGAUACUUCAUUUGUUCCGCCAUAGCGACGAUGGCGACGAUGGGAUCUACUACGACGAAGACACCGUUAGCCCUGACCCUUCGGAGGAUGCUGCGUCCGAGAGCACAUCGAAGCCGGAGCAAGAGGCGCGAAAGGCGGCAGGCGACUUUCCGUCUCUUCUGGAUCUGGACACCGCUUUAGAUGCCGGGUCGUCUACCCCGGAGAUCCCUGGUAUCAUCCAGGAACCCCCAACGUCGAAAUUGAACGGCUAUGCUGCAGAUUUAGCCCUCCUAGACCUCCUCUCAUCAGACACGGACGCGACCCCUGACUUUACCGCCUGUCUCACACCGGUCAAAGUUUCCGCCCAACCGGAUCCCGUGAAGACCGCCGAACUCGCUCAGCCAACCAACCGCAACGAAGUAGCAGCCCCAGCAGCAACCGCUGCCACCGUCCACGCGGAGAGGGGCGAAGCCACUCCUAGCAGUCCGGACGCGGCGUCGACCGCCAUCUCGGACUCGAACGCGAGAAGCUGGGACCGCCUCACCACCGCACCGGUUCUGGGUCCGGUCGUCGGGCCGCCGGCAGAAGCGGAAUUCGAGUGGCUGCCCGUCGAGUAUAUCACCAUGCCGUCCUUCUGCGGGCUGCGCGCGGGCGGUCAGAGAUUGAGCGAGGCUGAGCUGUGGGGGGAUGGGGACGCCGGCUCUGGGUCUGGGUCUGGGUCUGGGUCUGGGUCUGGCUCUGGCUCCGGCUCGACUGCGGGCGUAGGCUCGGGCGCGGGCGUGGGUAGAGGUGGAGGUGGAGUGGGUGGCUAUGCGUUGGGCCCGGGUAUGAGCCAGAGCCAGAGUCAGGCUGCUGCUGCUGCGGCUGCUGCUGCUGCUCUUCCGGCGUAUGUUGAUCCGUUUGCUCCGGCGAGGGAUAGUGUGGUGGAGGAUAAGGAGCUUGGUGAUGGUGGCGGUGGUGGUGGUGGUGGUGGUGGUGACGCCUCGGACGGGGAGGUGGAGUAUGAGGAUGAUGUCAUUGAGGUGGAGGGGGAGACGGCGCUAGAGCGGGCUGCGCGGUUUGGUUGAUCGGCUUGCUUGAUCGGCUUGGCUGAUUGAGUUGCUUGGACGGCUUGCUUGAUCGAGUUGCUUGAUCGUUCCAGCGCUGGGAGAAGGUUGGGGGUUUGGUAGGAAUAAAGGGGAGACACGAUGUUGU